GUCAUUGUCCCCCGCCGGGCGGCUGGGCUGUGUGCGGCGGCGGCGGCGGCGGCGGCCGAGGGGGAUGGAGCGAGCGCCGAGCCGGGUCAGAGUUGAACAAUGACCAUAGUUGACAAAGUUUCUGAAUCUUCAGAACCAUCGACUUACCAGAAUCAGCCUGGCAGUUCUGAAGCAGUCUCACCUGGAGACAUGGAUGCAGGUUCUGCCAGCUGGGGUGCUGUGUCUUCGUUAAAUGAUGUUGCAAACCACACACUUUCUUUAGGACCAGUACCUGGUGCUGUAGUGUACUCAAAUUCAUCUGUACCUGAUAAAUCAAAGCCAUCACCACAAAAGGAUCAAGCCUUAGGUGAUGGCAUUGCUCCUCCACAAAAAGUUCUUUUCCCAUCUGAGAAGAUUUGUCUAAAGUGGCAACAAACUCACAGAGUUGGAGCUGGGCUCCAGAAUUUGGGCAACACCUGUUUUGCCAAUGCAGCGUUGCAGUGUUUAACUUACACACCACCUCUCGCCAAUUACAUGCUAUCACAUGAACACUCCAAGACAUGUCAUGCAGAAGGGUUUUGUAUGAUGUGUACAAUGCAAGCGCAUAUAACCCAGGCACUCAGUAAUCCUGGGGAUGUUAUCAAACCAAUGUUUGUCAUCAAUGAGAUGCGGCGUAUAGCUAGGCACUUCCGUUUUGGAAACCAGGAAGAUGCCCAUGAAUUCCUUCAGUACACUGUUGAUGCUAUGCAAAAAGCAUGCUUGAAUGGCAGCAAUAAAUUAGACAGACACACCCAGGCUACCACACUCGUUUGUCAAAUAUUUGGAGGAUACCUAAGAUCAAGAGUCAAAUGUUUAAAUUGCAAGGGCGUUUCAGAUACUUUUGAUCCAUAUCUCGAUAUAACAUUGGAGAUAAAGGCCGCUCAGAGUGUGAACAAGGCCUUGGAGCAGUUUGUGAAGCCCGAACAGCUCGACGGCGAGAACUCCUACAAGUGCAGCAAGUGUAAAAAGAUGGUUCCAGCGUCAAAAAGGUUUACUAUACAUAGGUCAUCCAAUGUUCUUACACUUUCUCUGAAACGUUUUGCAAAUUUUACUGGUGGAAAAAUUGCUAAGGAUGUGAAAUAUCCUGAGUAUCUUGAUAUUCGACCAUAUAUGUCUCAACCUAAUGGAGAACCAAUUAUUUAUGUUUUAUAUGCAGUACUGGUACACACUGGUUUUAAUUGCCACGCUGGCCAUUACUUCUGCUAUAUAAAAGCUAGUAAUGGUCUCUGGUACCAAAUGAAUGACUCCAUCGUAUCUACCAGUGAUAUUAGAUCUGUACUCAGCCAACAAGCUUAUGUUCUCUUUUAUAUCAGGUCCCAUGAUGUGAAAAACGGAGGUGAACUCAGUCAUUCCGCCCACAGCCCGGGCCAGUCCUCGCCCCGGCCAGUCAUCAGUCAGCGAGUUGUCAAUAAUAAACAGGCCGCGGCCGGGUUUAUUGGACCACAGCUUCCUUCUCACAUGAUAAAGAAUCCACCUCACUUAAAUGGGACUGGACCAUUGAAAGAAACUCCAGGCAGUUCCAUGUCAAGUCCUAAUGGUAAUUCCAAUGUCAAUAGGGCAAGUCCUAUUAACACUUCAACUUCUGUUCAAAACUGGCCAGUUAACAGAUCUUCGGUUAUUCCAGAACAUCCCAAGAAACAAAAAAUUACCAUCAGUAUUCACAACAAGUUGCCAGUUCGCCAAGGUCAGUCUCAGCCUAACCUUCAUAACAAUUCUUUGGAGAAUCCUAGUAAGCCUGUUCCCUCUUCUACCAUUACCAAUUCUUCUGCAGUACAGUCUACCUCGAAUGCAUCUACAUUGUCAGUUUCUAGUAAAGUAACAAAACAGAUGACCCCUGGUGAUUCUUGUUCUAAGCCGGUGAUGAAUGGCAAGUCCAAGCUGAACUCCAGUGUGUUGGUCCCCUAUGGUGCCGAAUCAUCCGAAGAGUCUGAUGAGGAGUCAAAGGGACUAGGCAAGGAAAAUGGUGUCGGUACGAUAGAGAGCUGUCAUUCUUCUGGCCAAGAUGCUGAAGAGGAUGAGGCUUCUCAGCAUGAGCUUGAAGAACCUGUUACUCUAAAUGGUGCUAACGGUACAGACAGUGACCCUAAAGAAAACGGUCUGUCAUUCGAUGAUGCCAGUUGCCAAGUCCAGCCUGCCCUACACUCAGAAAAUCCCUUUUCUAAGGCAAACGGUCUACCUGGCAAGUUGAUGCCUACUCCUUUGCCCCCUCUCCCAGAAGAAAAAAUCUUAGAGACCUUCAAACUUAGCAACAGAGUGAAAGGGUCGACAGAUGAAAACAGUACAACUGGAACAGACAAAGCUCCUAAAGAGGAUCCUGAUGCAGAAGCAGAGGCUGGCGGCAGCGCUCCAGAUCCCAGUGAGAAGCUGGGGGCCGCCCCAGGUCUCAGCAGCAGGUUAAAGAAGGCCGCACCUCCCUCAGAUCCCAGCAUCAACCCUACCAAAGAAGACGUCUCCGAAGACACUUCAGCAAAACCCGAUGAAUUUUUGCCUAGUAUCAGCAAUCUUUGUAGUGCCAACAAGAACACCACAGGGGAUGGUCAGCUUUCUAAACUGUGUGACUCUGGGAAUUUAGCAAAUGACCAGCCCAAACCAUCACAAGAUAUAAAAGGGACGUUAACAGCGAGUCCACAGGAUGCAGUGUCCAUGGAAACAACGGAGAAACUGACCCCAACCCCCUCUGUAAAUUCAGACGAUGAAUGUGAGCAUAAACUGCUGGUUUACAUCAGUAGAGAGAAAUGCCAGGAAGCAGAGGACCUUUCUAAAAGCACAGGUACAUCCACAAGUGAGCUGCCUUCCCUUCAGCUAGACAAGAUCACAGAAAAUCAUUCAGAAGGGGGCACUGAGCAAAGUAACGCUGAGAGAUGUGAAGAAAAUAAAGCUGGGCCAAAAAUUCAGGACCCUUCUCCAGUUAAGGAAAAAAUCAGCAGCCUCAGAAAAGUUGAUCGAGGACAUUAUCGUAACCGAAGGGCUCGUUCCUCCAGUGGGGAACACGUGAGGGACAGUAGGAGCAAAACAGAGGACCAUCGUCACCGCAAGCGGUGCUGCUACUCCCGAGAGCGGCCCAGGCAGGAGCGCCCCAAGCCCGAGCACUGCAGCGGGAGCCAGCAUCACCCCUGCCGCGGCGAGAGGGUCAUCCCCUGUGAGCGCCACUCUCUGGGCACCUUCAGCCAUCAUCACUCUCGGGACCGAAGUGGCUUGGAGCAGGAGUGGGGCAGGCACCACCAUUCACAGAGCGAGCAUGCCUGGGGCUGGGAGAAAUACCACCCCGAUAACGUGAGACGGGACCGAUGUCGCUACUACCAUGGCAGGUACGCCCCCUACACGGUGCGGGACGGUAGGGACUGGAAGCCCUUCCAUGGCGACCGAGAGCACGGCAGAGGCCAGUGCAGCGGCCGGCCACACAAGGACCACUGCGACAGCAGGAGGGGCUACGGGCCGGCUGCCAAGAAGGGGCGGCACCACGCCAGCAGCCCCAGGGCAGGCUUGUCUCAUGCUCCUCCUCUGUACCCCGGGAAAUACUCCCAUGAGAAAAUUGCGUUUGUGUCCGAAGAAAAUGAUUGUAAUCUCUCAGAUCGGUUUCACGAACAUGACAAUGCAAAGUCACGGAAACGGAGAUACAAUAGCAUAGAAAAUAAUGACAGCAGUGCAGAAAAGAAAGCCGGGAGAAGUGUACAGAAGGAUUAUUUAGAAGAGCCAAAAGUGAAGAAGCACAAAAAGUCAAAGAAGAAAAAGAAAUCCAAAGACAAGCACCGCGAUCGGGACUCCAGGCAUCAGCAGGAUUCAGAUCUUUCAGUAGCGUACUCUGAUGCUGACCUCCACAGACACAAAAAGAAGAAGAAGAAAAAGAAGAGACACUCAAAAAAAUCAGAGGACUUUUUUAAAGAUUCAGAACUACUUUUACCCAAGGCCACUAGCUAUGAGACUGUUGACCAUGUCCAGAGACCCAGGGGCAGUUUACCUCUCACCGACGGCCUGCCUCUAGAAGGUGCCGGACCUUUCCAUGAGAGAACAAAACAUUUACGGAUGGAAAGCAGGGAUGACAAAUACCAUCUUCCUGAGUAUGGCCAGGGUGAUUGAAAAGUUGGCCUCGAAACAACUUCACUAGUCAUGAUUCGACACGUUCAACAGAAGCCAUCCCAACUCAGCUUAAAUUAUAAAUAUAGAAAAUAACUUUGUUCAAAUCUGCGUGGUGCUUCUUUAGUAAAUACUGUACAGAUUUUACCAUGGAGAACUUUUUUUUUAGUUUUUACCUUUUCUUAAUUACCCCUAUUCCGAAUGGACGAACACUUUCUACAACUGCUGACCACUGUAAAAUACCGUGUAUAUAAAUCACAUUGAGAAUAACGCCCUGGACUAGAACAUCUCAAAUGCUGCUUAACUCCAGACUCAGGUUGAUCCUUGUAUUUCGUGUACUGUUCCUCCGAGGUAGACAUCGGUGCGCGGCCGUUGGGAACCAUGGAAUUAUUAAAGUACAAACUGACAGUGUGCAUAUUUAAUUUAAAGACUUAUUUAAGAUUCACAAGCUCUCAACUAGACUUUUGAGAGCAGUCUGUUUUCUGUAAUGUCUGAUACUAGAAACUAAUUUGCUUCAUAUUUUAGUUGUAUUCAAGAUUUAAAGAUGUAUUUUAUAGACAAGUUCUGUUUUUGAACUUUGUGGAAUUAUUCCAAUCAAUUUACCUGUUAUAAUGAGUAUUUACAUUAUGAAUGUAUAAUCCAAACAUUAUUUGUAAAGCCUACAGUAUGUUUUUAUUACAUAACACUUUUUUAUACAGCGUCUCUUGUCUCAACUAUAUGAUAUUGGAGUCUGAGUUGUCAGCUUGGUCCCUUCAAGUUUCUAGUUACAGACAAAUUCAUACUGUGAUUUUAUUUUUAAUAUGGAUAUGCUAUCAAACUGUGAUACACUUUAAUUCACUGGUCCUGCAUCAGGAGAUGGAGUGGGGAAAACUGUAUUUAAUACAGUUUGUAUCUGAAUAAUCUGUAUGGUUUAUACAGUUUGUGUUGUUCAGAGAUGUCUAAAGUUUGAUCUUUGUUUUUUUAAAGAUUAAAAAGCACUUGCCCCACUGUAAAUAUACAGCAUGUAAAAUUUAUAUAGUAUAUAAAUGGCAGCAAAUUAAACAUGGUGUCUUAUUUUUUACUGCUGUUUUCCCCGUUUGCUUACAGACACUUCUGCCCGUGCUCACAGUCACCCACACGCGCUCAUAACUGACAGCGUGUGCUGUGGGGUCUCCGUCAGUGCUGUGGGGC